AUAUCCGACAAAAAAUGUCCCUUCCCAUUUUUUUUUUAAACCAACAGUUUCCGAGAUUAAUGAAUAUUUAUAAAAAAUUUGCAAUUCAAUUGUCUCCAAUAAUUGAUUACUAAUUAUUAAUUGUUUAAUAAAUGAGGGGUGGGAGGCCAGUUCUUCCAAUAGAAAUUCCAACAAUAAUCUCAAGGUCCUCAAGGCCUAGGAAUAAGAAAGACUAUUUUUAAAACACAUAUUGAUAAGAUUACAAUUGACAGAGAGAAAUGAAAAUUUCUGAGAAAUGUCGAGAGAGAACUAGAGGAACAGCUGUUCGACCUCGACAUAACCUAAAUUAAAAAGGAAUGAAGAAAGAGGGCUUCAGUCUGAGGACUGAUGAAGAACGAGGGAAUGAUUUAUCCCCGAAGAUGUCCUUCGAGGACAGACUCCUACCGAAAUACAUCAAGAUAGCCCUCGCCGUCAGCUUCUACUGGACAAUUUCGAUAUUAACAGUAUUUGUUAACAAAGCAUUGCUCUCGAGUAAAUGGAUAAAUUUGGAUGCGCCAUUGUUCGUUACCUGGUUCCAGUGUGUGAUCAGCACAUUGAUAUGUUUUACCCUCAGCAAACUGGCGAUGAUAUUCCCAACAGCAAUUUCAUUCCCCAGAGGAAAUCCCUACACCAAAGAGAACAUAAAAAAGGUUCUUCCUUUAUCUAUAAUAUUCACAUUUAUGAUUGCCAGUAAUAAUUUAUGCCUUCAACACGUGGGUGUAGCUUUUUAUUACAUUGGAAGAUCAUUAACAACAGUAUUCAACGUCCUCUUAACGUACCUGAUUCUCGGUCAGAAGACAUCAUUAGAGUGUAUCACGUGCUGUGCAAUAAUAGUGGGAGGAUUUUGGCUGGGAGUUGAUCAAGAGCACACAGCAGGAUCCCUCUCGAUAUCAGGGACGAUCUACGGUGUCCUGGGAUCGCUGAGUUGCUCCCUGUACGCGACAUACACAAAACGUGUGCUUCCCCUGGUGAACCAGGAGAUCUGGCUGCUCUCGUACUACAACAAUGCUUAUAGUAUAUUUUUAUUCCUCCCCCUGAUGCUCUUCAAUGAUGAGUACAGCAUCCUCUAUGCCUACGACAAUCAGAACUCCAUAUUCUGGUUGGCGAUGACUGUUGGAGGUGUUUGUGGCUUCGCCGUUGGCUAUGCAACAGCUCUGCAGAUCCAGGUGACAUCACCACUGACUCAUAACAUCAGUGGAACAGCCAAGGCAUGCGCUCAGACUGUUCUCGCGAGCUAUUGGUUCGAUGAGUCCAAGCAGAUACUCUGGUGGGCUAGUAAUUUCAUCGUUCUUGGUGCGUCAGCUGCUUAUGCCAGACUCAAGCAACUCGAUAUCGAGAGAAGCUACAAACAGGGGAAGCCCCUUCAGGAGAAAGCUUGAUAAUUACUAUUCGUCUUUUUUACUCAUGUUCAAUGCUCGAGGAUAUCUGGAAUAUCUUCUGUCAGGAUAAAAUCGUGGGGUAAACCCAAUCCCCCUCUCCAUCUCCAUCAUCAUCGACGAUCGAGGGCCUUCGAGAGCUAGAUACUAGCAGUAUCGAUUCUUCCUCAACUCUGGACCACAGCUCUGAUCAUCUCACCUGCAGCAUCCAUUCUAUUUUCAAAUACUUGUGUAUUAUUUUAUAAUAAAUUAUGAGUAAUUCUCAUAGAUUAUCACAA